AUGAUUGCCGUUGCCUUGAUAUGCAGUAUCUUCCUUGUGGCUCUCGACAUGACAAUUGUAGCCACAGCAAUCCCAGCCAUUACCGAUGAGUUCCAUUCUCUUGAUCAGCUUGGUUGGUACGGCAGCGCCUUCUUCCUCACCAUUGGCUCCUUCCAGGCGACAUGGGGGAAGUUGUACAAAUAUACACCACUGAAGAUAUCCUAUCUCACGAGUAUUGCCAUCUUUGAAGUCGGAUCCCUGAUCUGCGGCAUUGCGAAGAACUCGACAACCCUCAUUGUCGGCAGAGCCAUUGCAGGAAUGGGCGGAGCUGGAAUUGCAUCGGGUGCAUACAUUGUCAUCGCAUUCUCGGCUCCACCAAAGUAUCGUGCGAUGUUUACAGGUAUCAUGGGUGCAACUUUCGGUCUCGCCUCGGUCAUUGGCCCACUCCUGGGUGGAAUCUUCACUGACCACAUCUCGUGGCGAUGGUGCUUCUAUAUCAAUCUGCCGAUCGGAGCAGUAGCCGCAGCAAUCAUCAUAAUCUUCUUUCACGCACCUGUCCAACCUGAGCCAGCGACACGGCGAGAGAUUUUCCUUCAAAUGGACUUCCCUGGAACGUUUAUUCUGAUGGCCGCCAUCGUCUGCUACCUACUAGCAAUGCAGUGGGCUGGGACGACUAAGCCGUGGGAUGAUCCAUCGGUCAUCGCUACACUGGUGCUUUUUGGGCUCCUCGUCAUUGCCUUCCUCGUCGUGGAGUAUUACCAGGGUGACCGUGCUCUACUCUCAGGCCGACUUCUGAAGGAUCGUACUAUCAUGGCUAUGUGCGGCUUCAUCUUCGUCGUGGCCGGUGCCUUCUUCAUCUUGCUGUAUUAUCUCCCGAUUUAUUUCCAGGCCACUCUCAACGUGUCAGCAGCAAAAUCCGGAAUCGACAAUCUACCCCUGGUGCUAGGAACAUCCUUAUUUUCCAUCGUCUCGGGUGCGCUCCUCUCCGGCUGGGGCCAGUACAUUCCGGUCAUGGUGGUCGGGACAACAAUCCUCAGCGUCGGCUGUGGGCUUGUCUACACUCUCGACGCUAACAGCCCGUCUAGUCAAUGGAUUGGAUACCAAGCCCUGGUUGGCAUAGGCGUAGGUCUCGUUCUUCAAAUCCCCGUCAUUGUCUGCCAAGCCAUAUCCGAGUCUUCAGAUCUAUCGUCCAUCUCAGCCAUUGUGCUAUUCUUCCAAACCGUGGGCGGUGCGAUCUGGAUCUCUGCAGCCCAGGCCGGUUUCGCCAACACCAUGUUGAAAGUCCUGCCUCGGGAGGUGCCAGAUCUCAAUCCAGCCCUCGUUCUCGCCACGGGCGCCUCUGAUCUACGCAGAGUCUUCAGCGCCGAAGAAAUCCCGGGAAUCAUCACCGCAUACAUGGAAGGGCUCAGGGUCCCAUUUGCAAUCUGCAUCGCAUGUGCAUGUCUGACAUUUGUAUUGUCUUUUGCUCCCAGGUGGGAGAGUAUCAAGGGGAAGGUGAAAAUGGAUGCGGGGGCUGGUUAA